AUGAAUGGAAAUGUUAAUGAUACACCAACAAAUAUUAUUGACAAUUCACAGUCAGUACCAAUAACUCCUAUUCGUUCGGUUAAAGAAAAUGGUGGAGGAAGUCAGAAAAUUAUUUGUGAUAAACUAAUAAAAUCAACAGAAAGAAGUACAUCAGAUGCUGGAUUAAAUGGAAAAGGAGGAGGUGGAGAAUUUUUCAAAAAUGGAAAGAACAAUGGAACAAUUGAAGCUUCAUUUAAAAAAGAGUUAAAUGGAAAGAAGAGACGUUGGAGAGAAUUUUUUCUUUUUAGACGAAAAAAGAGUGGUUAAGGAAUUGAAAAAAAAACAGAAAAGUGAUAGAAUUUUAUUUUAAUGAUCUCAAUUUUUGUUUUUAAAUAAAUUUUCUUUGCCUAUUAUCAUUUUCGGACUUAAUAAAUAGAUUCUGAAUCUAAUUAAAAUAUUUUGGUUUAAUUAAUCUCCUUGUCUAGUCCCUUAAAUUCAACUGUGAUCGCUGAAAAGUGAACUGCGACAAUGUGGUCGCGACAAGAUGGUAACGCAAAGUGACUGCGACGGAAUGUUGGCGUCAGGUUCUCUAUUUUUACUGUAAUAUCAUAGUUAC